AGUAUCUAAUUAAAACUACAGCAUUUUACCUACUGAGUGUUGGAUGUGGUAAAUUAUUUUAAAACAUUUUUAAAGUUGUAAAUCAGUAAAAAAGUGGAAUUCAGCUUGUUGGAGGCGUCUGAAAAUUACUUCACAAACUUCAGCAAGUGAUCAAACCUGUGUCAGUGAUUUGAACUUAAACUUAAACCCUAAAUUUAGGCUCCUACUUGAACUUCAACUAGCGACCAAAUUCCUCAAGUUACAAGCUGCUGGACUAGUGACCCAACUCCAAGUUUCAUCAUUAGCUGUGGAGGGUGAACCUCAUCUGUGUUGACGCCAUCACCUCUGCAACAGAGUUUCAUCAGAAGGAAGCCUUCAGAACCAAGAAACAAUCCCGGCAAAAUGACCGAGAAAGGGCACAUUCUCACCCAAUUUGAAGAAGUGUAUGGGAAGCACCUGGAGCAUGAGGUCAUAAAAACCAUCCUCCAAAGUGUUCAAUGGAACACGAAAACCGCCCUCGAGGCCUUCAGCUCCAUGGUAGACGAGGCCAGCCUUUCUGUCGCCGCGAAGGCAAAAAUCGCCAAACUUGCUAGUCUCACCGUCUGCUCAAACGGACCUCAAGAAAACCUAGAGUUCGCAAUUAUUCCUGAUGCUGAAGCAACUUCUCUGCUUCACAACCCUACCCCACCUUCAGUUCCGCACAACUCACCUUCAGUUUUGCCUAAAAUAAACUCAUCUCAAGACUACCGGAACUGUCAAGCAGACAAGAGGAAUUCGUCUAACGAUUCAAGUGUUGGGGCGGAGGCCAUGGGUCGAACAUCCCCAACCGAAUGGCCCCAGACGAAGACCUUCAAAGCGAACAACAACAACGUAAACUGCAAGGUCACAAACUUGUCCCGGAACCCAACCUUUACAAACGAACAUCGCACAUAUGACAAAUUCCUCAGCGAUGCCACUCAGCUCAAGAAAGGCCUGCCUGUGUCGGAGGCGAACAAGUCUAAUCACAUGAUGGCCAUGUCGGUAACAGAGAAGCCCACAUGCAUGAUGCAGCUCAUAGAAGUGAUGCUCAGCAACGGUACCGAGAUCCUUGUCAUCAUGCGGGGGUUACCGGGCAGUGGUAAAUCCACACUUGCUAGGAAAAUUACCAACGGCCGCGGGAUCAUCUUGAGUGCUGAUGAUUUCUUUGUGACCGCCAGCGGACACUACGCCUACAACCCUGACCAGAUCUCGGAGGCCCAUGAGUGGGCCCAGCGUAAAGCUCGCGACGCAAUCAGGCGCCACGUGAACCCCGUCGUCAUCGAUAACACUAACCUGCAGAAGUGGGAAAUGAGACCCUAUGUUUUGAUGGCUCUCGAAAUGAAUUAUAAAGUUGAAUUUUUAGAGCCAGAUACGUCGUGGAGGUAUAACAGUAGGGAAUUAGCUCGUAGAACCAGGCAUAACGUUCCAAGGGAAAAAAUAGAAUCUAUGAUGGAUAGAUUUGAAAGGAAUGUGAAAUUGAAAGAUUUCGAUAUUCCAGCUAAAUUUCUUAAUAAUGUUAAUUGCAAUUUUACUAACAAAGUUAGUAACACAACAAAUGGGGUAGCUUUCAGUCAUCUUCAAAAGGGUUAUAACGUACCAUCGUUCACUCCUGGCAGAUCAAAUUUUAGCGUUCCCUGUUCAUUACCCAUCGUAGCUAAAAUCCAUCAAUCUUCGGUGCUUGCUCCUCCUGAUUCUUCCAACAGUAUUCCAUCUGCUACGCGUGCCUCUCUUCCUUAUUCCUCCACAUCACCACCUUCAGCAUCUGCGUUAUCAAAUGAUUCCUCCACCUUACUACAUGAGUUCUCUCCUUCACCACGCGUUUCUCCAUCGGCACCACCUGAAUCACCAAGAGCACCUCUUGCUACCUCAACGGCAUCACCUAUACCUUCAACUGAACAUGUGGAUUCGUGCUCUUCACCUCCGCAUUCUGCCCCUCUUCUUCUUAGCGAUUCCGUACCGCAUGGUCUGACUUUACAAUCCUCGGCUGAAAUUUUUGAUAAAGAGGCCUCUUCUACUGCUCAUAUUGCUCUUGCCUCGCUCAUUUCCACUGCAGCCUCCGUUUCCACUGCCACCUCCAUUUCCACUGCCACCUCCAUUUCCACUGCAGUCCCCAUUCCUACUGGAGUCCCCAUUUCCUCUGCCGCCUCCAUUUCCACUGCAGUCCCCAUUUCCACGGCAGCCCCCAUUCCUACUGCAGCUACCAUUUCUGCAGCCGAUAAUAUUCCUACUGUCGCUCCUAUUUCUGAGUUUUCAGUAAAGGCAAUAGUUAAUGCCUACAAGGAAAGCCUUGAGAGCGACUAUUUGGUUCCAUCGCGUGAAGCCUCUCCCGUUAUAUUCGACAGCGACGAGUUCGAAGAUAUCGUCGACAGCUUAGACGUGGAGGUUGGUAAGCAGAUUCAGAAGACGGGUGAGACCAGUAGACCGCCACCUGUCGAAGAUGAACAGAAUGAUUCGGCCACCGAAGACGCUAAAAUGUACCAGCUAUGUGAGGACUUGGAAGACAAACUCGGUGAUACCAUAUCGUCCUUAAUUCGUCCUACGCUUGUUAGAGCCACCGAAGAUUAUCAUAACGAUAACGCCUUUGACGGAGAAAGUUCAUUGUUGCCUAACCUUGACACGCCUACGCGGAAGAGUAUAAAAGUCCCUGACCUGGACACCGUGACCGAAGAAAUUACGCAGGACCUUAGUAAAUUAAAUACCCGCGAGGAUGACGCGGCGGGUUCUGUCUCGGAUGCGACGUCUAACGAUGCUUCGAGUGUGGAGCUCGUGAAGGAGGACGAUGCGUUGGAAAAGGUUCACGAAGACGAAUGGGAUUGCGUACGUGAUUCCAGCAAGGUCUCCUGGGACGAAGAAACGGAAGGAAAACUUCCUUCUUUCGAAGCUCCGUUAGAAGCGCGUGCCGUUACUCGGGUUCGAAAACACCAAUCGAAUGAUGACGAUCUCGUGGAAGUCAUAGAUUUGAAGAAACCAUCUAAUGAGCCGGUGGUUGAUGAUGGAUGGAACGCGAGCCCCGACGUCAACAGCUGGAAUGAUGACACAGAUUAUAAUUUUCAAAUCACAGCUAUGCGUCAAACAGGUGCCGUACCAAAGAGAAGUCGAGAACCAAAGAAGGACACUCCCUGUCGCCCGCAUGCUUCUGACUCUAGCUUUGGUAGCAUCAUUCAUAACAAUCUGGUGGAACAUUUAGAAAAAAGCUCGCAGACUGACUUCAAUAUAACUCUCGGUGUUAAUUCACUAACUGUUCUGUUCGGUAACGCCCGCGGCUUCGUGUCGAGCGGUCCUCCUGACGUGACGGUGGAAGGUCCCAUGACGCGCGGUAGUCUGCGCCUCGAUAAGGGCACCAUGACGGACGAGCUGCAAGUACAGGACGUAAAGGCCGAAGUUCAGCACUUGAAAUGCUUCUUUCCUAGCAUUCCUGACGACAGCCUCGAAGACAUCCUCGAGAAAUGCAACAAUGACGUGGACUGGGCCAUGAACGUUUUAUUAGAUGGCGGAUAUAAAAUUGCUGGGGAUGGCGGCGAGUUGAUUGAUUACUCGUUCCCUGAUUCAGGCAAGUCAAGUUGCUCCAACUCCUUGAUGAGUUCAAGCUCGGAACUGCCGUCCAGGUCGUCGUCUCCGAACAGAAUUAAGAAGAAAACAAGGCGCAGAAAAAAUAAAGCGAAACGUCAGCCGUGCGAAGAGUUCCCUUCCCUAAGCCGGUCUCCGCUUCUCAAGCUCCAGACGAAGGAUAGUGAACUGAGAUCCACUUCUUCGUCACCGGCGUUGGGGAAAAGCGCUUCACCAUCAAACUCUGAUGGGGUCUCCAAUUCAGCUGAAAAUAGUGUUUCGGUUGACGAUUAUAAGAACUUUGAUAAGGUAUCGCUUGAACUUGAUUCCUUAUUCGCGCAUCAGUUGGUAAACAUUUUUGGGCCAGUCGGCAAUCUGGAUUUGAAUCAUUCGUUCACUGCCGGUGAACGUAGAAUUUACCUCCCGCUUCGUCUGUGCAAAGAAAUUCAUGAAGUGUGGAACCAGACGAUGAGUAAAGAUUUGGGGCAGCAAGACUCCAGGACCCACCAACUUCAUAUUUCCGACGCGGCUUAUGCCAUGCAACUGCAGAUGGAAGAAGACAACCACAAGACCAACAGAGAUGGCAGUGGAAGCAGCGGCAGCCCUCCUAGUUUUUUUGAAGGUUUCGGUUGCAGUGAACCACCCACAAGCCUUCGGGAAAUCAUGGACCUUGAGAAAGCCUUCCAGCGCAGCGUCAAGAAGGACCCUAUGAACAGCAUGGCUCUCCGGCUCUCAGAGCGACGGCUGUGCAGCGAGUUCACCCACGUGGACGCGAACGUGGUGAAGGAUACGCUCAUGGAAUGCAAAGGGAAGUACGAAGAUGCCAUGGCCAUCCUCGUGGCCAACUUUGGGGCGGCACCCGUGGGCGGCCAAAAGCCCGUUACCGAGAUGGCCGAGGCGGUCAGAGAUACCGAGGAGAUGGCGCUCCUGGAACAACAACUCAGGCAGGAUAUGGACUCCGGCUCUUCCAUCAUCGAGAAUACCAAGGGCAUGUGGGGCGAGUACGAGCUGUACCAAAGUCUGCGCAAGACUACGCUGGAAAAAGCCAGCCUCGUGACAGGCCCGAACGCCCCGCUCAUCAAGAGCCACUACAUGCAGCAGGCCGCGCAGUUCGCCCUCAAGAUGAAGGCUGCCGAAGACGAAACGAACAUGAAGGUCCUGCAGCAGCGCAACUUGGGACGUGAUCCUAACACGCUGGAUCUGCACGUCCUGACGGUUCCUGCCAGUCUGCUGGCCUGUGAGAGGUUCUUGCAGGAGAGGCUGCAGGCCCUGCAGACGUAUGCUGACGCGGGAGGUCCUCGCAAGAUGACCCUGACUUUCAUCACAGGAUGGGGCAGACAUUCACAGCAGGGCAAGAGUAAAAUUAGGCCUGCUGUACGGAAUUUGCUGGAAAAGAAGGGGUAUAGGAUUAGGACUGAGGAAAAGAAUCCGGGUGUUAUAACCUGUAUUAUAUCCCUCUGAUGGCUCGCCAUCGUCGCGCUUCUUUGCCGAACACGAGGCGUGACGUCUCGAUUUUACGCUCUCAGUUGUCCGGUGUUUUAUGUACAUAAAUUUUCAAUUGUGUUGAUUUGCGUUAAUUGUAUUAGGGGUUAUUCAUGUAUUUUGCACCAUUUUUGCCGGCUUUUAAGAUACUAUAGGGAUGAAAUAUUUUUAGACCAACUUCACUUCGUUCUUGAAAAUAAUAUUGCGAACUAAAUCAAUUCUUUGGCAUCACUUUUUAGUAUGAGUGUUAGUAUUGAUUAUUUCGGUGAUUUUUUUAAGCACAAAUUUUAGCUUUCUAUUUUGCAAUACGUGCAUAAUAAUUGUAUUCUACAUUAAUUACGAGCUACCAUGCUUUUAACUUAACGUUGAUUUUUUUAUCGUUGUUAGCUGCAUUUAACUUGUCGUAUUAAUGUUGAUGGCUGUUUAAUGUUGGCUUUUGUGUGUGUGAAAUUCUUUGCAAUCCGCAAUUGUUAAAUAUUUGUACUUUUUAAUACGUGUACUAUUAGUAAUAAGUGAAUGUGUUUAAAGUCCAAACUUCUAGCGUGUGCCGACGAAAAACUUCGGAUCCCUCUGAAGUAUUUUAAUAUUCUUGAACAGUAAAUUUUAUUUUCAUUAUUGUAACGAAAAAUUCUGCAAGAUAAACUUGAUUAUCAGUCUUAUGGUAAUUGCAUUAACGUCUUUAAUUAAUUAUGAGCUCCAUUGAUUAGUUAUUUUAAAUCUAAGCUCCAUGAGUUCACUCCAUGAUUUUCCUCAUUGAAUUCGAAAUCCGCAAGUUCAACAUUAUUAGUUCGGCUUCAAAUUUGCCUAUCCAAUUGUCACUUGUGUAUUAUGAUUUGCUUUUCAAUUGAAUAUUCAACAGAUAA